AUGCAACCCGAUGUUGAUGAUGAGCUCCCUGCCUCGACACCGAAGAGACAGCGGACUUCGAACGCCAAUGGCACCGAGAAUGAUCAUGUCAAUGGCGACGGAUCGCCUGAGCCCCCGGCCUCGAAACGUGUAAAGAGCACACCCCAGAAACCAACUGCCGAAACACCUGCAGCGCUCAAAGUAUCCGGACUGAGAACCCCAUCGAAUCGAUCGAAAGCAAAGGCCUUAUUCUCAACACCUACCAAGGAAAAUGGCGCUUCUACUCCGACAAGGGCGCGUGCGGACCGUUCGGCGAAGAAAAAGAGUGCUCGAUUACUCCUUGAGCAGGAUGAUGAGGAUGUUUGGGACGGAGGCGAUCGUCUCGCAGAGGAGAUAUUAGCUGGCGAAGAGGCACAGGGUGAUACCAACGAGCAAGAGAAUGAGAUGAUUGAAACGGUUGAGGUGGAUACCACCGAGUCGAAGACAGACAAGAAGGACAAGAAGGACAAGACCGCUGCAACCCCGAAGCGUCGUGCUGGAAGACCUAAAGGAGCAAAGAAUAAGCGCUCUCCUACGCCCGAAGGAGAUUUGCCGCCGCAUGAACGGUACUUUUUCCAGAAUCGCGCUGGACCACCACGGACAUCAAACAACAACCUGAAUAAAGUGAACUUAUUGACCCAUGAGGACUAUUUCGAGAAGCACGCGCAAUACCAGGACCCAUGCAAGCGGGAAACCGUAUUCCUCAACGAUCUCCAUCGCAGGUCGUUCCCUCAAUGGGAUUUCGAAUUCCACCAGGGAUUUAAUAUUUGCUUAUACGGAUAUGGCUCAAAGCGCCGGCUCACUCACAGUUUUGCGGAUUGGCUGUAUCGCAAGCACAGCGCAAGUCCUCCGUCCGUCAUCAUUGCCAACGGGCAUACUCCGAACAUAUCCAUCCGUUCCAUUUUUGCUACGGUAGUCACAGCCAUUCUUGGCGCUGAUGUUCCCUCAAAGAUGGGGGCUCAACCGAUAGAAGUAUUGGAAUUAUUACAGUCAGUUCUCAGGUCGAGACCCCAGCAGAACCCAAUAACCGUCUUUAUCAACUCUAUCGAUGCUCCGACCCUUCGUCGCGCAGCGAACCAAGCUUUGCUUGCUCGACUGGCAGCUACACCGAAGAUACACCUUCUUGUAACCGCAGACACGCCCAAUUUUCUGUUGAUGUGGGACCUCAGUCUCCGGGAUCAGUUCAACUUUGUAUUCCAUGAUUGUACGACAUUUGUACCGUUUGAUGCAGAGUUCGAUGUGGUUGAGGAAGUUCAUAAUCUCCUUGGUCGGAAAGGACGACGUGUUGGAGGCAAAGAGGGUGUUGAGUUCGUGUUGAAAAGUCUUCCAGAAAACGCGCAGAACUUGUACCGACUGCUCAUUAUUGAAUUACUCUCAAUUGUGGAUGACUAUCAAAAUGCAGAAGAUGACGUGGAAGGUGCCGACGGGACAGCAGAUGGUCCUAAGGACGAGACAGGAAUUGAAUUCCGAGCGUUAUACCAGAAGGCUUCUGAAGAGUUCAUCGCAUCUUCUGAGAUGAUGUUCCGGACACUGUUGAAGGAAUUCCAUGAUCACCAGAUGAUCACUUCGAGAAUGGAUACAAGUGGAGGGGAAAUACUCAGUGUCCCAUUGUCUCGCGAUGAAAUGGAAGGAGUUCUGGAAGACCUCGUUAUGGGUUGA